AGGGACUUUCUCAACAUGUCCGGCUGCCCACUUAUAAGGUAGCCAGACAAAGCCGAGCAACAUCUUCUCGGUUGCGUCGGCGAUAAUAACUUGAGCAAUUACUAAUCAUGCCGCCGUCCCUGCCAGCUCUGACAUAGAGCCGACUCCAGUUCGAGUGAAGCCGUCUCGGCCGUAUAUCUACGCCGGCGACUGCGUUGAUUCCCAGACCAUGGAGGGGCAGAUGCAUGUCAAUAACACGUAUAUAUUGAGUUUGAUGCGCUCUCCCGGUUGCGCGAACCUAAUCACAGCUUCAGUCUCCGAGUUCUCCAAGUGCUUCAGUUGCUUUCUGUUCCCACCGCACCACACAUCAUCCUGUAAAAACCCCAAUUUCCCUUCCGCCUCAAACCAAUAAUUUCUCCAAGUAUCAUCAUCAUGACGGCCCCAUCCGAGAUCAAAGCUGUCGUCAUCACCAAGCCCGGCACAGCUGAGGUCAAGGCAGUGCCACUUCCAACUUUGCCCGAUGACUACAUCCUCGUCCGCGUCACAGCCGUUGCUCUGAAUCCUACAGACUGGAAGCACGUGGACCAAGACUUCACAAUCGGCACCCGGUCGGGCUGCGACUAUGCUGGCAUUGUCGAAGCCGUCGGCCCCAAAGUGACCAAGCCGUUCGUCAAGGGCGACCGCGUCUGCGGCAUGGUCCACGGCGCGAACAAGCUCCGGCCCGAGGUCGGUUCGUUUGGAGAAUACAUCAUCGCCAAGGGCGACCUGCAAAUCAAGAUCCCCGACAACGUGAGCGAUGAAGAAGCGGCAACGCUCGGUGUCGGCAUCACCACGGUGGGCCAAGGCCUCUACCAAGCCCUUCAACUCCCCCUCCCCAACCCCGACACCGACACCGACACCGCAACCACCACCCCCAACAACCCACCUCCGGAAAUCCUCAUCUACGGCGGCAGCACUGCCACAGGCAUCCUGGGCAUCCAGUUCGCCGCCCUCUCGGGCUACCGCGUCGUGACGACCUGCUCGCCGGCCCACUUUGACUAUGUCAAGUCGCUGGGUGCCGACGGCGCGUUCGACUACCGGUCGCCGGGCGUGGUGGAAGACAUCCGGGCGUGGAGCCGCGACGCCGAGGCGGCGCUGACGCUGGCGUGGGACUGCGUCGCGACGCCCGAGACGGCCCGGCUCUGCGCCGCCGCGCUGAGCAGGACCCGCCCCGGCCGCUAUCGGUCGCUUCAGCGGCUGGUCGAUGCUGUGGUCAAAGGGGCGAAUGACAAGGUGAGCAACGGGUGGACGCUGGGAUAUACCGUCUUUGGGGAUGCAUUCGAAUGGCGCGGGACGGUGCCCGGGAGUGAAGAGGAUUAUGAGUUUGGGAAGAUGUUUUGGGAGUUGGCGAGGGAGUUGUUGGCGCAGGGGAAGGUCAAGCCUGCGAGGACGGAUAUGAAUCGCGGUGGGAAGGGGCUUGACGGGGUGCUUGCUGGGUUGAAGGAGAUGAAGGAGGGUAAGGUCAGCGGUGUGAAGUUGGUGUAUACCCUCUGAUGGCGAGCGGGUUCGAGUGGAUUGGGCGGUGGAAUGGCGUGGUCAAUACUUGCAGUGUAGUUCUGACCGUGAUUAAAGGGCUGGUUUUCCAAUAACAAGCGAGGCCACCACUGAACCCAAGAGACCGAAAGAAACCGCGUAUAAAG